CGUGCGGUAGUUGCUGUUGCUGUUGUGGUGCCGCCCGUCGGCCAAGGAUUUUGGCACCGCUGGCACGCGAUCGCUGAGGUGCCGGGCUGAGGGGCCGCCUACGGCGAGAUGGUGAGGAGGCGGAGUGCGCAGGCCAAGGUGUUCCGCGACAACACUGUGCCAGGGGACUACGUGAAGCUCAGUGCAACGGCAGUAGCAAUCAGCGACACCCCCAUCUUUCAGCGCUUGCGAUAUUUGAAGCAAUUGGGCAUGGCAGAGUUUGUGUUUCCCGGGGCCACACACACACGCUUCUUUCACUCGCUCGGGGUGGCACACCGCGCCAAGGAGUUUGCGCAGCGGCUCAAGAGCCGGCAGCCGGAGCUGGAGCUGUCGGAUGCAGAUCUGCUGGUGCUCGAGAUUGCAGGCGAGGCAAGGGGGGCAGCGCUUCCCUGCAGCUGGGCCUGGGACCACUCCUGCACGCAUGCCGGCAUGCGUGUUAUGGCACCCCGACCUGCCGUGCCCUGCUGUGCUGUGCUGCGCCUCCGGUGCUCUGCAGGCCUGUGCCAUGACCUGGGCCACGGCCCCUUCUCCCAUAGCUUCGAGUCUGAGCUCGUGCCGCACCUGCUGCCACAGGGGGAGACGUGGGAACAUGAGCGCAUGAGCUGUGUGCUCUUCGACCACAUCUGCCACACAUACCAUGUGGACCUGUCCCCCGAUGAGCAGCAGCGCGUCAAGGACCUGAUUGUGGGGAGCCGGGAGGAGGCCAGGGCAGACUGGACUGGGCGGGAGUGGCAGUUUGACAUAGUGGCCAACAAGAGGAACGGGCUGGAUGUGGACAAGCUGGACUACCUCAAGCGCGACAACGUGGCCUGCGGCUUCCUCACCACCGCCGACUUCAGCGCACUGUACGAGGCAAUGAAGGUAAUCGAUGGGCGGGUGUGCUUCCGCACCAGCGUGAGGUCUGUGGUGCAAGCGGUCUACUCUGCCCGGGCCCAGAUGCACGAGUUUGUGUACACGCACCCCGUGGCCAAAGCAGUCGAGUACAUGGUGGUUGAUGCGUUGCGGCUCGUGGCGGGAGAGAUAGGCAUCCCAGAGGCGCUCCACGAUCCGGAGCGCUAUGCUCUGCUUGAUGACACAAUAUUGAGGACCAUCGAGCGCUCCACCAGUCAGACAUCUACAAUGCUGGCGGCUCAGGACCUGCUGCGGCGGCUGCGUGUGCGCGACAUAUACAAGCAUGCAGGCAGCGCAGACAUACCCCAGGACAAGGUGGAGACGUAUCCCAAGGUGAAGCCGGAAGAGAUACUGCAGUGUCAGGACCCGGCCAGCGGGGUGCAGCUGCUGCCCAGCGAUGUGCGGGUGCACAACCUCAAGAUAGACUACACCCAGCACAACGAGAACCCGCUGAAGCACGUGGGCUUCUACGUGAAUGAGGAGGACGAGGAGUGUGUGCCUUUUGCACCGGGCAACCCCUUUGCGCCCAGCACCUUCAUCACCAGACAGGUGCGCAUCUACCUGGUGCGCCUGUGCAACAGCCCCGAGGAGAAGCGGCAGUAUAACGAGGCAGUGAAGGCCGCAUUCGCCGCCUGGUCCAGGAAGGUGCUGCAGACGGAGAUGCUGAUGUCGCCGCAGAAGUCCACCCUCACAGCCUCGGCACGCAAGCGGCAGCACCCCGGCAGCAGCCAGCAAGGCGGCACCGCGCCGGGCAGCCGGCCCGCGUCGGCGGCGGGGACAGCGACUGCACCAAACGGCAUUGUGCAGGCAGGUUCGGCGCUGGAUGAUGAUGACCAGCCCGUGGCAUGCAGCCAGAGCCACGAGCCUGCUGCAAAAAAGCUCCAAUUUUGAUCAGGCGCACGUUGCCCUGCUCGCUCUGCCAGCCUCGCCUCCAUUCUAGUUGCUUUGUUACACACUGCUCACACUGCUCAGUGAUUGUUUUGACCACAUGCCCUCUGUUCAGUCUAUGCUCCGUUUCUGGCAUCUGCUUCCCCCUCAAACCGACACAUCCUGC